AUGUCUUAUGAAUGGCAGGCUCCCCAAGAAGGGGAUGAAAGAUCUCCUUGCCCUGCUCUAAAUGCUUUGGCUAACCAUGGUUAUUUACCUCGUAACGGUAAAGACAUAACGCCGAGACAACUAUUCGAAGCUCUUCAGAAAGUUUUUAAUGAAAACACCUCAUUUGCAAUGUAUCAGGUGGCUGGUUGCUUUACAUUGUAUGGAGAGAAUUGGGUUGUAAGAAAUGACUUGGUCGAUCAAUUAAUCACUAACUCAAUUGAUGGGAAAAUCAAAUCUGAAUCCAUUAAAAACACAUUCCGGGCGCGCUACCUGGAUUGCAAAGAAAAUAAUCCAGAUUUUACCUUUGGUUUUUUCCAAGUACAACUUGCCUCGGGUGAAUACUCUUUAUUUCAAAAUAUUAUGGGAGCAAAUACAAAUAAAGAAGUGGAUGUCAAAAUUGCUGAAACAUUUUUUCGUGAAGAAAGAUUAGCCAACGAAUGGACGCGACCAAAUUCAUCAGUAUCGCUUUCUACAAUCUUCGGAACUAGCAAUGAAUUCUCGAAAAUAAUAAAUGCAGAAAUCAAAAAAUUGAAUUGA